GAAGAAGAAGGGCAACCAUAAACAACAAUCGAAAUCUUAUCCACGCAACAUUUUAAAUAAUGGCUUCAAAAGAUCGUGGUGCGACCUGGGAUGACGCCGAGACUGAGGCCGUUAUUGCAAUUUGGGCGGAGGACGUUAUUCAGGAGAUGUUGAAGGGCGCGAAACACAAUCACAAAGUGUUUAAAAUAAUUUCGGACGAAAUGAAGGUGAGGGGAUACGACCGAGACCCGAAACAGUGCCGAGAAAAAAUUAAAAAACUUAGAACACAGUACAAGAAGGCUCUUGACCACAAUAACACAUCGGGGGGAGGGAGAAAAACGUGGAAAUUCUACGGUGCCAUGGAUAAAGUGUUGGGCCUCCGUGCAUCGUCGAGAUCUCCAGUGCUUUUCUCCAGUACCUCUUCUCUAAACUCUGCAGCAACAAAGGACGAUGAUGCAACACCGGACCACCAGGAGCAGCAUGAGUACAGCGCGCAUGAUGAGAUGGAUGAUGAACAAUUUCUCGACUCUACAAUAAUGGCAUUCCUAAAAGCACAAAAACAUUCUCAUGACCUUUGGAUGGUGGCAUUUAAAGAACAGCAGGAGUCAGCCCAACGACAUCAGCUCCACAUGAUACAAGAAAUGGAAAGAAACAGACUUCAGGCUGAAGAGAGACUGAGAAAACAACAACAGGAACAUGAGAUGCGAAUGAUGCAGAUGAUUGUCCAACUGAUGACACGGCAACCAGCACAAUUACAGCCUCUGAACCCUGCAUCCCCUUCGACUUCUGUGCCAAACUUUUCAAAUUAGGGACCAUAUCAAUAAUUGUAAAAUAUGUAACUUUUUUAUUGUUUUAUAAAUGUACAAUAC